AUGGCUACAAGCGCCAAGAGACAUCGGGCACCGCUACAACCCCGUUCUGUAAAGUCUUCCUGGUUGUACCCAGUUCGUGUCGGUCAGUCCACGCCUGCCUUCGAAGUUGCGGUCGAUUCAAAUGGGAAACAAUCCCCACUGCGCUCAAGCGAUCCGGGUUCCAUUGCUCUGUCCGAUGGACACCCCGAUCCCCAUGCAACGCACACCUUGUCAUCGGGCACUGCACCCGUGGAUGAUGAUCGAUGGGAUCUUCGGCGGCAAAUAAAUGACCUUAUUCAGUUGGAGUUUGCUUGUCAACUGCAGCGCAGUGCCCCAACAACGCGGAUCGCUCCAGAAGACCAGUCCCCAGAUCGUGCCACCGAAGACGCUACUCAGGCCCGACUUUCGGAUUCGAGCAUCGCUCCAGAAAAUACUGAGCCCACAUCAGGUGGUGCUUUUGGACCCCGAGCUCGUUAUCACCCUUUUCGAUGGUCCAGCGGAGCGCAUACUGGUCGGCAUGGUGCGGACAGGUCCACGGGCGCCGUGCAUCCAGGUCGAACGCACCCACGCUCCUAUGCGUCCCAUCGGCCGCGAAAAGCCGCAUCUGUUAUGGCAGCGGAGACUGGCAGUGUCGACCGCCUAACUUCUUCGGCAGACAAACGUGUGCCGAUUGUGACUGAACCGACCACUAGCAUGACAGACGAGCCAUCCGUCUUGGACACUCGACUCAGCCCGGAACUGUGGAGUUCAGGCCCAGACUAUGGGUCAGCCGUCUCCAUGUGGUCGCUGAAUGCCAACCAGUUGGCCACGCUGAGGCAACUCUCUCUGGUUCAGUUGACCAGUCUGGCCGAGAAGCAUUGUGUGAAUCGAUCACCGUUUACCUGGCGGUUUCUAAAGUAUCGCGGAGCCAAUAACUCUGGAGACUCCACCUCACCGUAUGCGGGCGUAUCACCUCACUCUCACAAACGACCUGACCUGCACGUCUCGGGACCGUGUGUCCCAAUCACUACUUCAGUCUGCAGUUCUUCGGGCACAGAAACCCAUCCGGCUAACUCAUCCACUACGACUGCCUCAUUACAGCAACCACACACCGAGUUCCAACACCGCACUGCCUACGAAGGUCCUGUGUUCGGUCAAUCCCUCGAAAGUUGGCAACGUCGUUUGGGAUGUCCUCUGCCAUUGGCCAUCAGCCGAAUGAUGGACCAUAUUUCACUUGUUGGAGUGAGCGCCCACGGAAUCUUUCGGCGCCCUGGGGGAAAAGUUCGAACACAGGCGUUGAGACAGAAGAUUGAGUCGGACCUGUGUUGGGGUGAUUUCGAGGAUUGGCAGCCAUACGACGUGGCUGACUUGUUAAAGCAAUUUUUCAGAGAACUUCCGGAGUGCCUACUCACUGACAAACUGUCAAUGAUCCUGAUCAAUAUCUACAGCUGUGUCUCCGAACCAACCCAAUUGAGCAUACUUCGGUGGGUUUUAUUCGGUCUUCCAGAUGAAAAUCGCGCAGUACUACAGCGGCUCCUGUACCUCCUCAACGGCUUGGUUCGUCAUUCUGAUGUGACUCAGAUGAACGAAAGCAACCUGGCCGUGUGUUUCGCCCCUUCGCUCUUCCGUUUCGCUAAUUCUUGCGGCGCCUCACAACCGAGUGUUGGAUUGAGUCCACGCCGACUGAGGCGGACAACCAGUGGGCCGGAUCCCAAAGACUUGGCUGACCAACGCACCGCCCAGCAGUGUCUGGCCUCCAUGAUCCGGAACGCGCCCUUCCUUUUCGAGAUUUCGAUUGACCUUCUUCGAAGAGCGCACCUUUUCCCCAGCCCACUGGAACCGCCAGAUCUGGAGUCCGUGUUCCCUAGCAGUGAUUGGCCCACUUGGCUACAAGCUGAACUCGGUCGACUGACUCGUGAAUGCUCCGGUGGCAAGUCGAGGGGUUGGACAAUGAUUAGCCGAGACGCUUGGAAAGCAUUCCAAUCCGGAUCUGGUGCCGGUGAGGUGAUUGAUAGCCUGGAGGUGCACUACCGCAAAGCAGUAUGUACGAAUAAUUCAAAAUCUGGUUCUCAUCUCCGAACAUGGCGCUGCUCGUUAGUGAUUCCCGUUAACGAUCCGCAAACCAUACUUGAGAAGUACUCCACAUCCAGGGCCCAAUGGGACCCGGAGGUGACCCAGAUGCAAAUUGUCGAGCAAAUAUCGGACUGUGUCGACCUGUGUCUCAUCACACACUGCUCAAUCUUCCCCCAACCGAAACGUUGGUUUCACGUACUCCGUGGCCACCAGUCCCUGCUAGAAGAUGGUAGCUGCGCUCUGGUGUGCGAGUCCGUUGCUCCAACCGGAUCUGUUGUCGGUCCUUUCGGGCAGGACUUUACAUUCGGACACAUUUAUCAGGAUCAUUUGUAUAUACGCCCACGUGCGGAAGAAGACGGAUGCCGUGUGUAUUUUAUAUCAAAAGUAGAUGUGAACGGACACAACCCUGAUUGGUACGUGCGACAUUGGGGUCACACUCUUGUCCGACGGCUUCUCAAUCUACGGCGGUCGUUCUUACCCGCCGAGUCCAACCAACCAGUGGAACGCCGCAAUCACGUGCUGCUGACACAGCCAGGUUUAUCACCGCCGUCGAUAUCCACAAACAGCGCCGUGCGAUAAUGACCGAUCUCCUCACCCUCCGCCCUUCAGAGUGGCGCUAAUCAAUCACACCACCUCAUUGGUACUUGCUCAAUUAUGUUCGCUCUUCAAACACCCAUGUAUCUAAUUGACUUCGCCGACACCUUCCGAAGUGCAGAGCGAGCGCAGAUUGUACAGUUUCAUCUGGUUCACUCUUUCGGUUUUCAAUUUGCAUCUCACUGUGUGUGUGUCCAGUUCAUAGUGCAUGUUUAUGCAAGAAUCGUUCCUUCUCCCGAAUGCCUGUUGAAAUCAGACUUUUCCGAUUCCAACUACCCAUCUCCGUAUCUUGCCCUGAUGAUCCCCGUUUGGUUAUACCUUUUCUCCACAUGCACCGUUACUCAGAGUUAACUUUGCUUUACAAAAUCGGGGUUUUACACAACACUCAUCGCCUUCAGUGGCUAGAUCGUGGCAAUUCAUUUUGCUUCUUUGCUCUCUCUCUCUCUCUCUGCACUGAGCUAACUCAGUGUGUGUAGUCAAUUGAUCUGAUGGUUUCUUAUGCUUUGUCGAGAUCAGCUGCUAUUACUGAAACGACAAGUCACUCUCCAUUUUGCUCGGACCAAUUUCACACUCGAUCGAUCGGUACUUGAUUGCACAUUUCGCUCUCCCUCCCUCCCUUUCUCUGUUCGCUCCUCUGGUCCGCCCCUCGCUCCUUCCGAAUACUCCCACUGUUGUCUUUCUUUUCUACUGAGGAAAAAGCGAUUAUUUUUAUUUUACUUGCAAAUCACAUCAUUCAAUUUGCACAAUCGAUAUGGAAUCGGGAAUGGUAGCGAAGUUGAGUGUUUG